CUAAGGUUACCUGUUUGAAAUGAGCAUUCCAAAGAGAGCACAUUACAUUUCACCCCUCCAUCAAAAAGUUYGCCCUGUUUUGAGUCACGUGGUUGAAGAAAAUGGCUUCUUGAAACGAAUUUUGUCAAAUGUGUUGCUAAAAGUAGAAAGUAUAGCUACCUAAAACUGAAUGCGAGUGUUAAUAUUGGACUGAAGGGUUUGUAACUUCAAUCUCAGAAAUCGUUAUGCCACCAAAGUCAACCGAACAACAUGCCUCCUCGGAAAAAGCGAGAGAACAGAGACAUUGAUGAUUGUCCCAGGAAACGACGACGAGCUCAGGAAGAGGGCAAUGUUGUCAACUCAGACAGCGACGAGGAUGAAGACUUCAGACCGACAUCAUCAUCAUCAAGAGGGGAGAGCAAACGGGACAAGGAGAGUAGAACACGAUCAAACGAGAUGACAGAGGAGGAGAUGCUGGACCUGGCCAUGAGACUGAGUAAACAGGAGGCCAGCAGCGCGGCUCUCCGGCAACGACAGGAGGAAGAGGCCGUGAGGAAGGCCAUCGCUGAAAGCCUCUCCGUAAGUGCAGACAGCCCUACUCAUCCCCACUCAGAAUCUUCGCUCGGGUCAGGGAGCCCUACCCAACAAUGUCAAAAUUCUCCUCCAGAGGGAGAGAGCAGCAUACAGCCCCCCAGGCAUAAACUCUCCUACCCUAACCAUGGUGUGGCUGACAGGGAGGGAGCCCGCGGUGGAGGUGUUCAUGUAGGGGUGGCUCCCUCAGACAGGAGGGGGAAGAAGGAGGGAAGCCCAUUACUAGAUAUGCCUGACCUGUCUCAGACCCAGAAGGUCUACUCCCAGUCCUCCCCCCUCAGCCAAGCUUCCAUCUCAGUGCCUCUCCCAUCCUCACAGGAGGAGGGGUCUUCUCAGAGGAACCUUUUCGGAGACCGCUCAGCCAACGCAAUAGAAUCUCAGGACUACAACAACUCCACAAAGAGUGACUCCCAGUCCCAACUCAGGAUCAAGUCCCCUGGUUUCCCUUCCACUACGGCUUCCCAAGCCAACAAACCUGUCCUGUGCCUGGAGAAGCUUAGCCAGGACCUCCUAGUAGACUGUCAGGCCUCUGGGUUCCUACUAAAGGGUCAUCCCAGCUUAACACUUCCCACAAAGUCCCAGAAAUCUCAAUUUUAUCAGCCCAAGAGCCCCACAUUCUCCAAUACCCCUGUGUUUUCCAAAACAGAGAAAGGUGUGGAACCAGGCCAAAGUAGUCCCUCCUUUCCUAAACGCGCCAUGUUCUCUAAUAGUGAUUCAGGAGAGGAAGAAAAAGAGGCCAGUCCCACCGUUCCUAAAAGCCUGGUCUUUUUCAAGACUGAUAGAGGAAAGGCAGAAGAAGAAGGGAGUCCAACUUCUCCUAAAAGCACCAUGUUCUCUAAGAGUGAAAGAGGACCAGAAGAGAAAGAGACCUUCUCCGGAAGUCUAGUCUUUUCCAGAACUGAUCAGAUAAGGGACCAGGGUCCACAGAGCUGUGUUGAACGUGUCUCUACAACAGGAGACUAUGAGGGUGGAGACCGAGAUGAUGCUGUGAAGAGCGGGGAUGCCUCCGAGUGCCUUCCACCACGCCCCAGAACAACCCUGUCCCUGAACAAGAGAUUUGUGCCUAUAAGGAAGACCGCUGGAGUUUCAGACAAAGCUGUUGACCAAGAGGAACGUGAGGGUGAAUCCUCGCAGAGAACUGUAAACAGGAUUAGCACGCCUGUAAAGUUGGCUACAGAAGAAGACCUUAAUUCAGAGGAACUUACAUUGGCUUUGGAGACUCAUCCAAUGCAGGAGUUAACCAGCAAUAUGGCGCUACGCUGGUCAGAUGAUGACGAAGAGGAAAAUGGUCCUGAAAAGUCAGCUCACUCGCCCAGCCCAGUCUUCCCACAGGAGAAUGACCUCCUUCAGCCAAGCAACCAGGGUCUCUCCCCAAACACCCACGACCACCGUUCCCCCCAACACAGACACAGCCCCUGCCUCGUCCCCAAGAAACGCACUCACAACUUCGAAGGCGCCGCGUGCGAGGAGGGGGAGAGCCAGUCCAAGUGCAUCCGGAAGAAGUUCACCUUCAAGGGCAUGUAUGGAGCCCCCUCUCCCUCUCUUCUCAGACAGGCUGCAGGUAGRAGGAGCCAGGAUGAGGCCAAAGCCGAAAGCACCUCUUCCCACCAGCCCCUGGCCUCCUCCAGCCCCCUCUCUCCCCCCACAGACGGCCAGGAUGAUGGGGGAGUGGUGUGCUACUAUUGGGGUGUGCCUUUCUGUCCACGAGGGCAGGACCCAGACGCCUACACACAGGUGAUCCUGUCCCAGCUGGARGUGUAUGAGAAGAGCCUGAAGGAGGCCCAGAGGGGUCUGCUGAAGGCGGCAGGCUGGGGGGAGCCAGUCCUCCCUGGGCCCCCAGAGAAACCCUUCUCCAGGAGGGGACGCCUCGAGAGACGCAGGGCCCCAAAACUCCUGGAAGAGGAGAGAGGGGGGAAACGUCAGGAAGAGCUAGUGGAGGUGGUAGAGGAUGAUGAUGAUGAUGAAGAGGAGGGAGAGAAGAGGGCGAGACAGCGGUCACGGGGGGGGGUGGAAGCGAGAGGGAAGAGAGGAAGACAGGAGUGGAAGGACUGCCAGGAUCUGUUUGUGUCCUCUCCUGAACAAGAGGAAAAAUCUCCCUACCCUGUAUUUCAUGCAGAUACCAGUCAGCUAAUUCUACUUAAACGGAGACUUGGCCUUAGAAGAGAAGAGGAAAGACUAGCAGAAAAACAACCACCUGACUUACUGGAGGAGAGGAAGGAAGAAAAGAUGGAUGAUAAAGAGGGUGGAGAGAAGAGGGAGGAGGAAGAAAGGAUGGGGGAAGAAGUGGAUGUCGGAGGCUUAGAAGUUCCAGAGACCCAACUCAGUGAUGACAGCACUCGAGACCUCAUGGUCACCAGCCCUGCACAGCCCCAGCCAGAGAGCCAGUCCCUGCCUCAGAUCCAGACAUUUCUUUCAUCACCCCGUCCUCUGGAACAGCGUGAAGAGGGGAUGUUGGUGGUUGGAGAGGAGGAGGGGCGGAGGAGUAGCCCUGUGGGGAUCCCUGCUGUAGGAGAGGAUGUUCGGAUGGAGGAGGAUAUCCCAGAGCCUUCCUUCCCUCGGAGCCCCAGCAUGGACUGUCCCAUGUGCAUGCGUCUCUUCCCCCUGACGGAGAUUGAGAUGCACGCUGCCUACUGUGACGGUACCACCGGUAUCAUGGAGGAGGAAAUGGCAGAGGAGAGCCACUCGCAGGUUUCAGUCAAGGCUCGUAGGAAGGGGACCAGAAGGGGAGAGAUCAUUGGAGAGGAGCAGCCCAGCUCUUCUGGCUCUGGCAAGGUGGUACAGGGAGAGAAGUGCUUCCUGUGUCAGCAACUAUUUCCUCUCAAGAACCAUGAGAAGCAUGUAGAGGACUGCAUCAAGAACAAAGAGGUCUCCAAGGCUGCACCCAGAGACGGACAGCUCUUCUGGUCUUCUGUCUGUGGGACGAUCUUCCAGAGUGGAGACUUGCUGAGUGCUCUGGACCAGACAGAGUAUAUAUAUUCAGGGACUGCUGAGGCCGAACCAUGUGAUACUACCUUCAAUAACCAACAAAGUGGCCUGAUUGAUGAUCUGGACACAGCAGAAUCUGGGGGAAGAGGAGACUUCAGCGCCCCAGGUUUUAGAGGGAAAGUGUUUCCCAGCAUUUCCGACUCUGAGUAGGACGAGGACCUAGGAGAGGUGUCAUCUCACCUGCAGAAAGAUCUGAAUAAAUGACUGGGCAAAGACACCAAAAGGCUCCUCCUUAAGAUGCUUCACACCUUUGUGAGGACCACACCUAAUGGAACAGAGUGUCUGCAGCCUUUCCGUCUCUCUGUGGAGAAGCUGCGGGAGGUGUCGUCUCGCCUGAGGAAGGACCUGAUCAUAAGGCGGGGCAAACACACAAACCGCCGAGCGCCAGUCAAGAUGCUGCCCACUUUUGUGAGGUCUACACCUGAUGGGACAGUGGUUUUACCACAUUGCGGCCUGCCUGGCUGAGUUCCUGGAGCUGAAGGGUCAGACGCUACCUCUGGGCUGUACCUUCUCCUUCGAGCAGAAAGACAUCGACAAGAGUCUCCUGAUCCGUUGGACCAAAGGCUUUCUUUAACUGUUUAGGAGUGGAUGUGGUCAGGCUACUGAGAGAAGCCAUCCACAGCAGAGAGCUUCAGUAAGCAGCUCCAGGAGACCGUAAGAAUCCUGGUCCCUAAGUGUGACAUCACUUUCCUCGUCACGGAGCAUGGCAGCGGAAAAGGGCACUGCCAUGGUAACGGCGGUGGCACAAGCUGGCCAUGAAGCCCCGACUGUUAGAGGACAGCAGAGGAGGAUGAGGAAGAUGGAAAUUAAUGUUAGGCCAGAGGAGGCACACUGGAAAGACUACUUGAAAUGCAGCACCAUAAAAAUGUCGCCCUCAAAUGCUUUUGUUGUACGGUACAUGCUAAACAGCUCACUCACUUUCUCCUACUGUGUGGAAAGUGAUGAAUGAACUUUUUUACCGUAGGCUACCGUUAAAAAUAAAUGUUCUAUUGUACAUGGUUAA